UUUACGAAAACAAACGUGUUUGCUCUUAAAAUAUCCUUUUUUCUUCGUCAAAAUAAGGAAUUCCUAAAUGCUCAAAGCUAUGUAAACUCGUGCUGUAGUUAUGGCAACGGUAAGAAGGAUCGUAGGAUUGAGAUUCGUUUUAUUAAUGGUGAUUUGUACCAGAAUCGAAGCGAGAGCUUUGCCAGAAGGAAAAGUGACCCAGUCAGGCGAGCCUUCACAUUUUCAAGUCGACGACAAAGCAGCAGAGAUAGAAGUCAACGCUAAUCCCGCCGGGGUUAAAGUCAAUGCUAAACCAGCAUCUUUACAAGUGGUAGCCAAACCCGGGGCUCCGGCUAUUCCCGUAUACYAUCCCGCUUUUCAUGUUGCUCCCCAUUACUUGCCACCACCAAUUAUCCACAGGGAGCCCGCCAUGUAUCAUCAUCAUCACCGCCACUGUUUUCCGUACUGUCUUGGGAUGAGUAAUGGAUGGUUUUAUUCUGGGCUGAGAAGAAACAAACUUCCUAAACCAAGUAAAAAAUACGAUUCUGAUGGCACGAGAAGAAGUGAGCUGUCAAAAAAAGGCGGUAAACUGUCGCGAAGAAAUGGCAUUCCACAGAUAACAGAGUUGGAUGAAGAUGACAAUAGCAUUAGCAGGAUACAUAAAUCUUCCAUACCAAGACAACACAAGCACAAGCACAAGGGUAGAAACGCGCGCAAGAGGCAGUUUAUUGCUGGAAUCCCUCAAAUGUAUCAGCCGGUGGGCCUAGGGACCCUUGAGGUUCUUGGAGGUCUUGGGGGUUUGGGGAGUCUGGGGACCUCUGGAUAUGGGGUACAGCCUUAUGCUUCCAUGCCAAGGACCAGAGCUCCAUUGGCUAGGAACCUUAUAUCAUCUUUAGGCGGAGUUCCACGGAACAACGUUCUUGGCUCCUUGGGUAUAUAUGGUGCCAAUAGAUACAGCUCAUUAGCAGGAUAUGGUCAGCCCCUGGCAAAUAAUGCACUUGGUUCCCUCGCGUCCCAGAUCCCAAGCAAUGGACUUGGAAUGUAUGGCUCUAUGAAUGGCAACGGACAAUUCUCGAAUUUUGGACAACAAUCAUCAAACUAUGGACUCGGACAAAGACAGGAUGACCCAAUCACUAAGUUCCUUCAGGAGGAGAUAAACCACGAGCUGUACAGGUCAGCGGCUAGUCCCAGUGCACAAGGGUUGGGUCAGGGUUACAGCAGAUCUAUUAUCAACACUCCCUAUGCGCAGUCUUACUCAGGACUUGGAGGCCUUCUACCUAGAAGGGGUAUGGGUAGUGUUGGGGGUCUAUAUGGUAGCGGUGGUGUCCUGGGUUCGUCUGGAUUGGGGUACGGUAAUGGCGUUACUGACAGGAACCCCGCGUUAAUGCAGCUGGCGCAGAUGUACGGAGGACAACUAUCAGGGAUGCAGGGACUAGCACCAGGGCUGCAGCAAUUCGCUCAACCAAGAACAACGCUACCAUGGCUACCAUAUCCAAACAUGGCGGCCGGAAGUAGAAAUCCAAUGGUCGGUAGAUCGAGCGUCCCUGGGUCCAAAAACAUUACAAGAAAGAACAAGGAUACUUUGAAUAAUGAUGAACAAGUUGAAAGCAAAAAGGAUCAGAAAAAGAAGGAUGAAUUAAAGAAGAAAAAGAUGCGAAAAAAGAGGCAGGCCUUGUUCGAGCCAGAUGACGAGGGAGGUCUUGACUUGAAUCAAGUUUUACAGGAAGCCUUGGUGAAUGAGGUCAAACGACAGAUGAUUCUUGGAGCGCCACCACAACCCGAGGUACAACAGCUAGCAGCUUUAAGAGAUGAAACACCACAAGCAAUGAGAAUACCAUUGCCGGGGCUACAGCGACUAUACGACGCGGCUCAGGAACAAAAUGUAAACCCAAUGUUACAACAGCAGAUGCCUUUUAGUGCCCUUGGAGCAAAUUAUAUCUCACCGUUUGAUAACUACGAGGGACAUGAAGCAGGUGCGGCGCAUUUAAGCGCAAUGGCUCUAGGGAGAUCUCAGUUACCCCCAGAUCAAAUGCGUCUCAUGCCAACAUUUCCUCAAAGAAUGCCAUUGAUGCCACCACGUGGACCUAUUGCAAGAUACCAAAGUCCACAACCUCUGGAACCAAAUAGACCCAAUGUAUAUGUAGGCGCCCCGAUGUCUUUCCGCGCUGAUUAUACGAGUCCUAUACAAUAUGAAGAAAUGCCACCAAGACACAGAAGGAAAUAUGGCCGACAUCCUUUGUUCCGUAGAAGACUACGCCGACCACACCCUCGAUAUGAUGACAUAUAUGAUGACGAUGAUGAGAAUGAUGCCGAUGACUAUGAUGAAGAUCGUGCGAUGUACCAUGCUGAACAUUUGGGGAAAGAGAGAGUGUCCUUGGGGGGUUCUUAUUCUGAGAAUGAAAUCCCCAGAGAUCAAGGAGAAACAUUAGUGGAUACAAAUAACCAUGGAUUUGGACCAAUCACGGUCGAGGCUAAAACAGCUGAAGGAGUAAGGCAGUCCCUUGGGGAAGACAGCAGAAGUAACAUAGCAAAGCCAGAGAAACCUGAAGAACGUCUAGAAAAGAAGAACUUUACCAGGCAUCAUCGCCGCCUGCAUCCAGUAGCGAGAAAGGGCGUUCUAUGAAGAAAUACUAGUCGGUCAACUUUUCACGAACGUAGUACGCUUUAAACCAAAAUUUGGCUCAUGGAAAUAGCUGUUAGCUCGUUAGAGGGGAAGGAAAGUAUUUUCUAAACAUCUGAUCUGAGAAAUAUUGUUUGAAUCAAAAACAAAUUCAAAACUGAGGUGUCAAUUUUCCUCUUACAAUUAUGGAUUUCCUGGCCACCAAAUGAAAAAAAAAGGCUGCUAACAAGUGCUUGAUAACAAUGACAUAAUAAUUUUAAAAAAUUUAAUAUUUUUAUUACAAUAGCAGGCAAAAAAAGUUUUAUUUUUACUGGUCAAUUUUCACAGGCUUUAUGUGACAUCUCAGUUUUGCAGGGACGCUAUUUCUCAGUAAGUCACUAUUUGAGAACCGCAAGAACACGGCUAUAAAAUUAUAUAAAAUUACACCGCCAAGAUUAUUGUCAUUGUUUGCGUUGCCCUUUUGCCGUCUUAGGAAGCGCUGAUAAACAAAUUUAAAGUUCGUAAUAAUAAUGAGUGAAUCAGAGAAUAAAUCAAAAAGAGAUCCUUCAAUCACAUUGGCAAAUCUUUGAGGUCAAAUUUAUGCUUUUGGGCAUUGCACUUUAUUUUUGUACCUCUCUUCUCUCAUAGCCACCCCCUAUCCCUCUCCCAUCCUAUUCCCCACCCUCCCCGUCUUCUUUACUCUACAGGAGGGAGGAAGACUUAAAGGUAGACUAAAGUGGAAAUGAGAGUAUAGCUUAAAUAGUUACAUUACUUUUUUAUGGGGGAGGGGAGGGUGGCAGGUUUGUAAGGCGGGCAGCACUCUCUUGAUGUUUGUAUCAAUUAAUUAAUAUUAAUAAAGAUAAUAAAUAACAAA